AUGACUUUAUCAACUCUUGGAACACUUCCUCCUCCUGGGAAAGUGACUGAUCACGUUCUGCAGACUCGCCUUCACACCCUGAUCAAAGAAAGCGAUUCACCAUUUCCUUUAGAACUCUCCAUCUCUGAAGUAUUUCUCAGUUCUAUCCUCAAACACAAACGCACAGUGCACGGAAACGCAAGCAAAUCUAUCAACGCAUCACGCCUACUGUUCGUGAGCGGCUGGGAUCUCUUUGUAUUCGAAUCUGGCCACUGCAACAUCGUCUCAAUCACUACACAGCCCAUCGCGCCAAUACUCAAAAGUCCCACUAGCUAUAUAUAA